AUCUUCUCUUAUUCACACAACCUUAGCUGAACAGAGAAGAGAAAAGCCUUGAAAUUUGUUCCAUAGCCAACCAAAGAAAUGGCGAGUACAAUGCUUUUUGCUCUCUUUCUUCUGUCUGUCCUAACCUUCUACCCUCCUUCAAUCACUGCUCAACCUGUCACGGACAUGUAUGGCAACGUCGUUACAAACGGUGGCAUAUUCCAUAUAUUGCCACCAAUUACAAUAGGCGGUGGAAUUAAACGAAUCAAAACUGGAAACGAAACGAUCCCACUCAGUGUUGCGCGAUCUCCCAUCUGGAGCGAUAAAGGCCAAAAGAUUAGAAUUUCAUCCCCCUACAAAUCCUUAUUUAUCCCUAACGGCUCUCCAGUGUCACUUGAAUUCGAACUAAUUCCUAUUCUCGGUGCCUCCCCUACUCAGUGGGUCGCUGUUGCGGGUCUGACUGAAGGAACCCUCGUUAAAGUUGGCUACGAAAAUGCAAUCACAGGUUCCUUUUCUAUUCACAGAAUCGGAAUCAAUGUCUAUAAGCUUUUGUUCUGCACACCUCGCGCCACCCUCUGCGGUAAUGUUGCGCUUGUUGAGGAUGAUGCAGGGAACCAGCUUUUGGCUGUCACUCAGAAGGAACCAUACGGGUUUGUUCUUGAAGAAAUUAAAUCCCCGUCUGCUGCAUCCAAAUGAAGCACUGUGCAAGUGCACUUUCUCCUUGUGAGAGACGUGUCUUUGCUUUGGGUGUAAUAAAUAAAUAAAUUAUGCAAGACUAAAUAAAACAUCCAGAGCUUCUGUCUCUGGGUUUUUUUAACCAA